AGCAGCCCUUUCACUUACGACAACUCUAAACAAAGCUAUAUUAUAUAAUUGUCAAAAGCUUAUAUUCUGUUCACCUUUGGCGAACACCAUGGCGAACACCGCCGAGCUCGAAUCAAGAGAGUUUCUCUCUUCCUGCCUCAGGAAUGCCUUGGGCGAUCCUGAGUUGGUUGACGCCAUAAGUGAUCAGGCGUUCGACCAUGGACUCAAUGCUCUAACCAUUGGCAAUGGCCUUGUGCCCGUCCUCGACCUCAAGGACAAGCUAUACCUCACGAUGGAGGAGGCGAAAUCGGUUAUGGACAUUUGCGCUUCCAUGAUAUCCGCUGGAAAGCAUCAGCAAGCGAAGCAAGACCACCUGUCUCUCCGCCUGCUCGCGUCUCCGUCUGGUCACGUCAAUCUGCGCUUUACCAUCAAGGGAGAUCAGCAAGUGGCGGCUUCAUCACCGACGGCUGAUACGCUGACCGAUGCUGGCACCGCUGGAGUUGUUGUGGUCACGCGCACCUGGGCAAGUAUUGCCGGCCAGAAACCCGCUCCUGCCAGCAAAGCUUCUCCGGUCAAGCCUCCAGCCUGCGCUUCUGUCGGUGAAAAGGACGGCCGCAUCUCCACUCACCCGCCUGAGAAGACCGGAUCCCGAAGCCGCGUCAGCGCUCCCCCACCCGAGAAGGCCAGCUCCAAGGCCUCGGCCAAGACGCCAACGCCCGAGAAGGCCAGCUCCAAGGUCUCCGUCAGCACCGCGCCACCCUCGAAGGCCAACUCUCUGGCCCGCGUCAACAGCCCGCAGCCCGAGAAGGCCAGCUCUAAGGUCUCCGUCAGCACCGCGCCUCCUUCAAAGGCCAACUCACAGGCCCGUUUCUGCGCUCCUCAGCCCAAGAAGACCACCUCCAAGGUUUCCGUCAGUACUGCGCCGCCCUCAAAGGCCAAUUCACAGGCCCACGUCAGCACUGCACCACCCUCAAAGGCAAGCUCUCUGGCCUGCGUUAGCGCUGCGCAACCUGAGGAGGUCAGCGUCGAAAUAGCUGUCAACAUCCCGCCGUUUGAGGAGGCCAGCGAGGAGGCCAGCCACUGCACUCCGACCCUCGAGGAGGCCGAGACGCUGGAAUCUAGCACUGCCACCACCCCGCAGCGCGAGGAGGCUGACCCGCAUGGCUCUGUCAUCACCCCCCAGCUCGAGGCCGUUAACUCGCAGGACUCCGUCAACACUCCGCCGCUUGAGAAGGUCGACUCGCAGGACUCCCUCAGCACUCCGCCGCCAAAGGCAACCUCCGCUGAGGGCUCAGCCUGUGCCACGCAGCCCAGGUUGGCUGCCAAGCCCCAGGAGUUGACCAUCUCGUGCGAUUCCAGCGCCGCUACCGUUGCAGACAAGUCGCCCAAAGUUGGGUCGUCUUCCGCAGCUGUCCCGUCGUACCUGCGCCCUACUGCCGCUCACAAGGCACGGAGCACCAAAGAGGCCGACAGCCCGAAGUCCCCAAGCCUGGCUGCAGUGCCCGAGGAGCGGCAACGCCGCGACAACGUAUUUUCUCGCGUUGCAUCGACGCUGUUGGCGCCGACGCAGGCUUUCGUGGCGCGUGUGACCGGCCGCGGCGAGGACAGCAAGACUAAGAAAGAUGCCUCAAGCAAGGUCUCAAUGCAGCUGGAGGCUGUGCUCUGCAGCCCACAGGGUCAGCGCGUCACGCGCCCAGCGCCGUUCAACCUGCGCUCCGAGAUGCGGCCCAAGACUUGCGCCCUGAGCAAGGAGGACUUGGAUAUGGUGGAGGCGCGGGAGAAGGCCUUCAAAUGCAAGCCGGUGCCCAAGCACGUGCUCCAGUCCAAGCCCCUUUCGCCUCAGCCAAAGUCGUCACCCAAGGACCCACAUGCUGUCUUUGCUCCUUUCCAGCUUGCCUCCGUCGAGCGCCACAACAAGAAGCUCGAGGAGAUGCGCAAGAAGGCCGAGGAGGAGGCUGCCCGUGAGGCGGAGGCGCGGCGCUUUAAGGCUCGUGCCUUCGACGCGCGCAUUGCCGCGAAGCCGCUGACGCCCCCCAAGCCAGCGGCUAACGGGACGACCCGCGGAUCUGCGCCUGUCUUUGCCAGUGAGGCCCGCAUUUCGCACUACAACGACGUUGUCAAGCCCGCCAAGAAGGCCAAGGAGGAGGCGUUGCAGAAGGAGAAGCUGGAGGCCGAGCGCAAGGCCAAAGAGCUGGAGGAGGUGGAGGUGGAGGAUUUCCGCAAGUCGCUGGUGUUCAAGGCCCGCCCCAUGCCGGAUUUCUCGUCGCCGUUCCGCCCGAAUCCUACGCUGGCGCGCCCUGUCACGUCGCCUGCGGAGCCCGAGCUGCAUACCUACAAGCGCCUCGGCGCUGCCAGCGUCAACGACAACGGCUUGCGUGCUAGCGAUGUGAACCCGUUCUACGGGUCUCUGCGCAAGUCCGCUAGCGCUGCGAUCAGCCGUAAGGCAGCGGGCGUCACGGACGUGCGCCGCAGCACUGUGAUUCCCGCCGGCCGGACCUCCGGUCGUCGCGGUAGUGGUGUCUGUGUUCCUGUGGAGGAGGUCGUGCAGGAGGGC